CGAGCCACCAUGACAGUUCCCACAAUGCUUUGCAACGUCCGGUUACCAAUAAUUAUAAUUAUUAAUAAUAUUUGCGUCCUAAAAAUGAAACAAAACGGCUUGAAUCUUAUGAGUUAAUACUUUAUUUUAAAAAAAUUCUCACUACUUUAUUUUAAACUUGGAAUCCCUGACAUCACACGAGCAAACGUCAUGAGCCGCCAUGAUUUACCCAGAAUGCUUUACUGCAGUUACCACGGCAACGACUUUUGCGUCUCAAGAACUUGACUCAUAGGAGUAAUAAUAGAGUAAAACACGUUCUUUUGUGUUUUUUUUUCAUUACUUUAUUUUUUUAAGUCUUUCUGUGAUGUCACACGAGACAAUGAGCUGUUUUCAAUAUCUUGAAAACUACUAAGUUCGAAAACGACAUUUUAUUCACGUUUCAAGGUUUGUGUGGCGUCAUCAUCCAAAGUGGUUGCUCGGAAAUGACAGCGUUUAUCCAUCCCUACGGAAGAUUUAUUUAUUUAUGUUGAAGAAGGAGCGCUUUCCAAGAUGAAGAACACUAUGAUGUCGAGCAGCGGUCGCAUGGAAAAAGUUACAGUCAGGAGGAGCGAAUGUGCGGAUGCCGAGGCCAUCGAAGGCCUCAUCACCCCGGAAGUGCGGCAGCUUUUUGGACCAGUCAACGUCCUCCGACUCCUGGAGAAGGCCAACCUGGCGGUGUCCUUGGCCAACGAGGACGGCGACGUGGUGGCGCAGGCCUCCUUCUUUGACCAUCCCGCCGCAGCAUUGGUGGAUCCGCCUCACUGGGAGUCUUUCCUGCGCAAACACUUCAAAGCGGACGCCUUGACACCGUGGAACACCCUCUUCCUCCAUCUGUUUGUGUCCCAGACCUGCUUCUCCGCAUCAAGCUUUCAGCACAUCAUCAGCGCCGUGUUCAACACCACUGCUGAGCUGGACUACGUGUGCCUUCUGUGCUCAACCCCUUUCUGCUUAGAAGCGGCCUUGGAUGAGCUGUUGGAGCCCUUGCAGCGUCUGACUGAAGAAGAAGAAGCAGCUGAGCUGAAUUUGUUACUGUGUAACAGACAAAGACUCUGUCCAAGACUCUUUGUCAGGCCAGCAAGGGUGGAAGACCACGAUGAUGUCAUGCACAUCGUGGCUCAGCACACCAAGAUUCUGUCCGUCAUGCGCCGGCCGUACUUCCUGUCGGAGCUCAUCGAGGCCCAAGACGAGCACCACCACGCUGCUGUGUGUGAGUGCGACGGCGUCAUCACGGGAUUCAUCAGCGUGACUGCGGAGGUGGACGUGAGGCAACUGCAGGAACAUUUCAACCUGACUCAAUUUGGCGGUUUGCGCAAAACCAGGCCGGAUGACGGCAACGACACUGAUCCACAUGCUGACAGUGCCGACGAACCGCCGGAAGAACCGCCACAAGAGCCACCUCAAGAACCACUAGAAGAACAAGAUCAAGAAGAAGAAGAAGAAGAAGAACUCCAGGAGGGGGACAAAGAGGUUCUGUCUGCAACAUUUGAAGAAACCUCAGCAGAACCCAACACCUUCUGUAUCCAGUUUUUCUUCUCGGAGAAGAACUACGAGAUACGAUCGCUCGACUUGAUUCCAUACAUAUUCCAACUCUUUCCGGAUCUGGACUUCUGCAUCAUCACCGUCCCAACGUUGUCCCCGGACUUCCCGCUCCUGCAGAACUUCCUGAGAGUUCCCCCGCGACCCAGCAGCCUAUUGCCUUCCGACCUCUACGUCCUGCACUGUGAUGCCCUGAGGAGGAUCAAAGUGCGACCGGCGGUGGAGUCCGACAGGGACGCCGUGGCCGGGCUGAUGGCUGACAUCAGACUGGAAGGAGAUGCCGUGCUACAGGACCUGGACCUUAUCUUCAACACCCAAAGUGAUGGGGCCGAGUGUCCUCUGCAGGCCUUUCUGGCUGACGUGGAUGGCGCCAUAGUCGGGACGUUGAUCAUCAGCGACGAGAAGGACAUGGAGUACAUCCGGGCCCGCUUCAACAUCGAGAAUUUCAUCUACUUCAGCCAUCACGGCGCCCACGAGCACGCUCAGCUCCGCCACUUUGUGCUCCGCCACAGGUUCCAACACUUCAGUCGACAUUUCUUCAAAGAGACACUGCGGCUUGCUCGCAAGUCCAACUUGUACCACCGCGUGUACCCCCUCGACUCGGGCCAAGAGAGCAGCUGUGUCCAUCAUUUGGACUUUGUCCUGGACUGCGCCGUGCCUGUGCGCCCCCGCCGCCAAAUCAUCUACCCUCUCAGGGAGCUCGGCGCCAACGCGCCUGCCAGGAGCAUCACCGACGAGCAGGCGCCGUUUGCGUUAAAUCUCAUUAGCCGUAAGCUGACCAUGGAGCCGAAGCUCACGGUCAACGCCAGAAUCGUCCUGGUGGGGGCGUCGGACACGGGCCUGUCGUUCCUCGAGGUCCUUUGUUUCUGCCCUCACCUGAGAUUCAACAACCUCACCCUCAUCUCCACACACGGUUUCCCUGCGGACUGCAGCCUGACUGGCGCCGAGUUUCUCUCCACCAGCCACGCCUACAGCAGCAGAGACAUGGCGCAGCUGCCUCUGCGCUCCUGCGUGACCGAGGUCGCUGCCAAGAUGGUCGCCAUCCAGAGGAAGUCGAAACAUGUGGUGGUGUCCAGUGGCGCCAAGAUUCCCUACGAUUACCUCGUCCUCUGCACGGGCCUACAGUACCAGGUGCCGUGUCCAAAAGAAGUGACUCAAGACCAACUCAAAACAAACGAUCAGCACGAGGUGCCCUCUUUUCCGCCCAGGUACACGGGCACCGUGCCCUCCAAUUUCUUCACCCUAAACGACCCGCACGACUGCAACGCAGCUCGAUCCUGGCUGCUCAAAAACUUUGUGAGGAGGAAAGAUAACGUCAUUGUCUAUGGAAAUGGACUUGACGUCUUCACCACCGUGGAGAUGUUACUCCGGAUUGGAGUCCGGGGCUCCUGCAUCCACCUGGUGCUGACUCCUCCUCAGCGCACGCUGGCCGAUGAUUUGUCUCCUGUGAGUGAUGUCACCAACGACCCACUUGUUGAGGGUGACGUCACCCGUGAUCCACCUCGUGAGAUCGAUGUCCCCAAUGAAUUGACCUCUGAAAGUGAUGUCACCAAAGAACCACCUCCUGAAACUAAUGACCCAACUACCGGGCGUGACGUCACUGAUGAUUUGCCUCGCGAGGUUGACAACACCAAGGCUUCGCCGUCCGAGAUUUACGACACCAAUGAUUUGCCUCCUGAGAUUGAUGAGACUAAUGAUUCGCGUCAUGAGGGAGAGAUCACCGAUGAGUCGCCCCGUGAAAGUGACGCCACCAUCGACCUGCCUCUCGAGGAUGAUGCCACCAAUAAUUCACCUCAUGAAAGUGAUGUCACCAAUGACCAGCUUCCUGAAAAUGAAGUCACCGAUGAUUCACCUCCUGAAAAUGAUAUCACCAAUGAUUCACCUCCUGCAAGCGAUGUUACCGAUACACCCCUUGAGAUUGACAUCACAAACGAUUUGCCUUCUGAAAGUGAUACCAUUAAUGAUGCGCCUCCUGACAUUGACGACAUCGAUGAUUUACCUCGUGAAAGCGACAUCACCAUUGAUCUAUCUCCUGAAAAUGAUACUACAAGUGAUCCACCUCCUGAGAAUGACGUCACCAAUGAUGCGCCUCCUGAAAGUGACGUCACCAGCGAUCUUGAGAUCGACGGCAUUAAUGAGUCGCCUCGUGAGGUUGGCGACGCCAAUAAUUCACCUCCUGAUGACAUCGCCAAUGAUUCACCCCCUGAGAUUGAUGUCAGCAAUGAUGUGCCUCCUGAAAGUGACGUCACCAGCGAUCUUGAGAUUGACGACAAUAACGAGUCGCCUCGUGAUAUUGACGACACCAAUAAUUCACCCGCUGACGACGUCACCAAUGAUUCACCUCCUGAGAUUGAUGAUAUGGAUGAUUCGCCUCCUGAGAUUGAUGUCACCGAUGAUUUGCCUCACGAGGUUGAUGACACCAAAGAUUCACCAUCUCAGGUUGAUGACACCGACGAUCGGUCUCCUGAGAUUGAUGACACUGACCCUUUGCCUUGUGAGGAAAGUGAGGUCAGGAGUGAGUCACCUCCUAAAUCUGACGUCACCAACGAGUCGCCUCCUCAGAUUGAUGUCACCAACAAUUCCCCUCCUGAGAUCGACACCUCCAACGAUUCGCCUCCUCAAAUUGACCUCACCAACAACCCGGUUCCUGAGAAUGGCACUUCCACAGACCCGCUUCCCAAAAGGAGCCUCACGAACGAACCAACAUCUACAACCAGGGUGGUGAAGGACCCUCUUCCCGAAAGUCUCUUCGCUGAUUUGUCGCCGACUGAGCCCAGCGGUUUGUAUUUUUUCGAUGCGGGGGUGGAGAGCGCGGUGAUUGCGGCCAUGAAGAAGGCUCAGAUCCAAGUCCACCAUGACUGCCUACUGACUCAGAUGAAUAACGGCGAACAUCCGGAUCCUCUCACGUCUGUUUCCUUCAGCACCGCCUCAGAACCUCUCCAUCUGCCAUGCGGCGUGUUCAUCAACCUGUCCAGCCGAGGCGUAGACUACGACGCCUUUCGGAGCAUCAACAGCUCCUUCCUGGUGUUUGACGGCCGGCUGGUCAUUGACAGCGCCUUCCGGACCAACGACACCGCCAUCUGGGGUGCUGGCCCGCUAACCAAGUUCUCCCGCUCUUACUACAGCGACGAGUGGUCGCAUGCCAACUUCAACUCCAAGGAGGUGGGCCAGGAUCUGGCAGCUGUGUUGCUGAGGCACUUUGACCCCACGCUGGAAGCCCCCAGCGAGGCAUCCGCCGCCAGGAAUCGCCUCGUUCCCAUUUACAAGCAGCCCAAAAUCCAAGGUGGAAAGUUACCUGGACGAUUAAACUAUCUUCACGUGACCAAACCGGUCGCCAGCAGCCCGCGAGGAACUUUUGCGGGACACGCCCGACGUGUUGCGACGGGAUGCCCGGAGAAUGGGGACUACUUCUGCUUGCAUCUGGACCACAACCAGGUGGUGGAGACCAUCACGUGUUUGUCCGUCAAGCCGCUCCCUGUACACAACUUGAUGUGUCUGUACGCCAAACACCAACAACUCCUUGGACAGCUGUUGGUCAGACUUUACCUGAAGCAGAUACAAGACCUCUACAGCUUCUUCAGGCAGAGCUGGUGCUUGGCCAUCUUUCACGACCGUUUCUCCGACUUUGAGGAGGAGAUUCUUCAGAUGACCUCCAAAGACGCCGAGCAGUUUGACAAAGGGGGGCCUCAGGGCACGGCCCCUCGGGACGUGAUAAAGGACCCCGCCACCAGAGCGGCGCUGAGGAUCAACUCGGCCAAAUAUCUGUCUUUCAACCGCAACCUGCUGCCCAUGUUCACUUGCCCAGAUAGCCUUUGACCUCAUCAACACAGGUGACAUCAGGAUUAUCACGGGUGACCAUCAGUGGCAAAAGUCCUCACACCCUUUAUUUAAGAAGAGUACAGGUACUUUACAAUUGAUCGUUUUGGCAAUUAGCCCUCACAUUGUGCGUAGUGUAGUAAUAUUUUUUUAUUUUAAUCAUUGUUUAAAUCGUUCUUAAGAUGUUUAAUCAUAAGUCAACUCCAUGCCUAGUUAUGAACUAUUUUUAUGUUUUGAAAAUAAUGGGACCCCACAAGUCUUAACAAGUGUUAUUAUGUGUAAAUAUUAUGUAAUGUCUCUGUGGUGCUUCAGUAAACGUGAAAAAUGAA